GAGGAGCCAAGAGAAGCGAGCGGCGGGCGCGCCGGUGCGGCAGCUCCGACUCGCUGCGGGCGCUCAGCGUGGUCGUGCGAGAGUUGCCGGCGCGGACCAUGGAGGCUACUUGGGUUAUCCCUGUGUUGAUUGCUGGGCUGGUGGUUGUAGUAUCUGCCUUCUUGUUCUUUUUUAAAUCAGCUGGUUCUCAGGGGAAGAAAAGUCUAGUCACCUUACAAGAUCCAAACAUCAAGUAUCCACUGUGUUUGAUAGAGAGAGAGGAGAUCAGCCACGAUACCAGGAGAUUUCGGUUUGAGCUUCCAUCAUCCGAGCAUGUACUGGGUUUGCCUGUUGGUCAACAUGUAUAUCUCUCUGCCAAAGUCAGUGGUAACCUUGUGAUUCGGGCCUACACUCCAGUUUCUAGUGAUGAAGUGAAAGGCUAUGUUGAUUUAAUUAUAAAGGUUUACUAUAAAAAUGUCCACCCCAAGUUUCCGGAAGGUGGGAAGAUGUCCCAAUAUUUAGACAGCAUGAAAAUUGGUGAUACCAUUGACUUCAGAGGACCAAAUGGGCUUCUGGUAUACAAGGGAUCAGGUAAUUUUUCCAUCAAGCCGGAUAAGAAGUCUGCAGCAAGUAUGAAGUUUGCAAAACACCUUGGCAUGAUAGCUGGAGGAACAGGUAUUACACCAAUGCUUCAGCUGAUCCGCCACAUCACAAAAGACCCCAGAGAUCACACAAAGUGUUACCUCCUUUUUGCUAACCAGACAGAGGAAGAUAUAUUAUUGAGAUCAGAGCUUGAAGACGUCGCUGCUAAGCACCCGGACCAGUUUAAACUGUGGUACACUUUGGACAGGCCGCCUCAAGGAUGGAAAUAUAGUUCUGGUUUUGUUACUGCUGACAUGAUAAAGGACCAUCUGCCUUGCCCUGGCAAAGACACUCUGAUUCUGAUGUGUGGACCUCCGCCUAUGAUUCAGUUUGCCUGCCAGCCUAAUCUUGAAAAACUAGGAUAUGCUAAAGAUAGCACUUUUGCUUACUAACAUGUGAAAUUAUACCAUUUGGAGGAGUAAACACCAGAGAUAACA